UUGUAGGUGUAACCUGGCGAUGAUCCUGUUGACCGACCUGGUGGUGGACGGGUUGGACCUGGACUGUCAUAGUGUGGACUGGUCCGUUCAUCUACCCCUCAUGCUUCAUAUCAUUUUCCUUGGAUUAGAUAACAACCGCCCUAUUGUACAUCAGCAUUGUAAACAACUACUUCUUAACCUUCUUGUUGUACUCGGGGCACAUGGAGAUCAUCUUAGUGUUGCUAGCAUACUACUGGGCAAUAAAACAGCGCAGUUAAACUACGGACUGACGCAUACUAACUCCACCGCCUUGACGCACAACUUCCUAGAAGAGGAUGAAAACUUCGAUGCGUAUCUUACGCAAAAUCCCCAAUCUCAGAAGGAUGAGGAGGAGAGUGAUGAGGAUGAGGAAAGUGAAGCUAGUGGGGGAUCUGGAAGUGUGACAAGUGGACAUGGAAGUAUGUCAAGCUCCCGUAGUUCCGGUGUAACCUUUGCUCUUCCACCCCCAACCCUAACCGUUCCAGAGGUCAUGAAAGCUCUCAUUCAGUUUAUAGCGAGUAAGAAGACGGAAGGGGUGCUGUGGCUCUACGAGGACACGACGAAGAGCUUGAGCACUGUGAAGAGCGGGGAGCAGAUGGGAGUCUUCCUUACGCACGUUCUGAGAGCCCUCGAGGAAUCCUUGCCACACGCCCACCUAGCAGAGAGGUGGGCCCAGCUUAGUAUUCAGCUGGCAUUAUCUUGUUCAUCUCGGCAUUACGCUGGUAGAUCUCUUCAGAUAUUUAGAGCUCUCAGGGUACCUAUCUAUUAUUCAUUUUACAUUUGUACUGUUGUAGAGCAAGGCGAAGAUAUGCAGGGAUAUGUAACUGAACUCAUCCUAACCCUGGAAGCUGUUGUAGAGAACCUAGAUUCAGAUUUCAGACCUAUGGAUAUAAUGAGGGAGAUAUUUAAGUCGACUCCUAACCUGAAGGAGGCUGGAGGGGAUAGGAGGGUAGGAUUAGGGACUCCUUCCCCUCAGCAGCAUGCUUAUCAUGCUUCAGCUCCCCCUGCUGGUCCUUAUCAUGCCAGGAGUACUUCGUAUGGUCUCUCCCAUCAACAGUAUAGGAGAGCGAAUGCUGACUCACCAGGUGUGGGUGAACCACGAGGAAGAUCAAGCACAGAAUCAGAAGCAAAGAUUAAAAGUCAGACAAAUCUAGCGCGCUCGCGCUCAGCGCAGUCACUCAAGGUUCAGGAUAUGACGAGUGAAGAAGAUAAAAUGAAUAUACUGGUUCAACUGUUCUGGAUUUGUAUCGCAGUACUAGAAUCAGACUAUGAACAUGAAUUCAUCCUGGGACUCAGAUUAUUGGAUAAAGUUCUCUCUAAGCUUCCGUUAGAUAGACCUGACACAAGGGAGAAGGUUGAAAAAAUACUAUCUGGAUUGAAAUGGUCCCAAUUUCCAGGACUACAUUCUCUUCUUCUUAAAGGUUGUACGAACCCUAAUACCUAUGAGCCGACUAUAGCCCUGUUAUCCCGAAUGACCCUGCAACUAGACUUCCCUGUGGUGGACCCCGGCCAGUCCCACGCCUUCCCUAUGAACGUGAUCGCCCUGCUCCCCUACUUAGUUAUGAACUACGAGGAUGCGAACGACCUGUGCAUCACCAGUGCUAAGAAUAUUGCACACGUGUCUUGCGUGGUUAAAUACCUGUACGACUCCUACAGUCACCUCUCCCUCCCCAUGCUUGGGUUCCUUGUUGAGGUUCUCGAGAAGGGACCACCCUCAGUUCAACCUUCAGUUCUAACCAUCAUUCAUUGCAUGGCCCAUUAUGUUGACUUGCAGUCCACAACACACACGAUCAACUCAGACUUGAUGCGCGCCGUAUCCAAGUUUGUUGAGACUCCGCACUGGAAGGAGGCCUUGAAGAUCUUAAAGCUGGCGGUCACCAGGAGCUCCACCCUAGUCGCCCCGCCCUCUUCCGGGCAGACACCCAGCAUGCAGAUGUGGGAAGCUUCCUUCGUGGAUACAGACAGUUACUUGAAAAAGGAGCUCCCUGGUAGAACUAUGGAGUUCACCUUUGAUCUCAGUCAAACACCGGUCAUAGAACGAAGACACAGGCGAGGACACGCAGUUUACCUUGAGGACGGGAAUACGUCCUCUCCACGUCGUUCUCUCUCCCUUUCAACAGCUGACUCAGCAACCUUCUCGGGCUGGAAGCGACCUUGGAUGAGUCAGAGCCGGGUUCGUGAGUGCCUGGUGAAUCUACUGAAUGUGUGUGGACAGAAAGUAGGACUUCCAAAGAGCCCUUCGGUCAUCUUCAGCCAGACCUCUGAGCUGCUGGAAAGACAGUCCUCCAUGGCCUCCUCAACAGAGUGUGUUUCAGGACCUGGCAAUGAUGUAUCUACUGAGCAGAGUAAACACGAUACAACCGACACAGAGCAGAAGUUUGGAAUGUAUAUGCGGGACUUCGACUUCCUGGAGUACGAACUCGAGAGCCUGGAGGGGGAGUCCGUCGACAACUUUAACUGGGGAGUUCGUCGUCCUAGUAUCACCAACCUGGAGGAGGGAGGGACAGGAGCAGUUAGCCCACUUGGGUUUAAUCCAGGGGGUCGUCUUCCUAUAAGAAGACGAGCACCAGGGGGAGUUGGAGCAGAGGAAAGCAGUGAUGACGAAGUAGAAUCCGUCAGGUAUUAACAGUACAGCACAGCAC